AUGGCGACCAGCGCGCAGCCUGUGCCCCAGGCAAAGCCCAUGGUCGAGCCGGCAACAACAAAGCCGACCCUCGAUCAGUUGAUGCACAUUGUUCAUCAGAGCCUGGCACAGCAUACGCAAGCUUGCAGAGUGUCAUCUUGGCAGGCUACGGUUAGUAUAACCGACCGCCUAACAAGGAACAUGAAUCUCAUCAAAAGCGCUUUACUUGCUAUGGAUGAAGAGGACCCUUUGAAAGUUGCAGAACAGAGUUGCAACUUUGAACUCGAAACUUUCCAUAAAUCAGUUUCAAAGGAGGUCUAUAACCAGGAGAUGACCCAGAAAAUAGUAGCAUUCUUCAAGCGACGAGACGAGAAAAAGCCAACACUCAAAUCAAUCAGUGACAGAUACGACCAAUCAAUUCUGUCCAUACUACCGUGCCCGAAAAGGCCAGAGGAUUUGAAGGAGAUUUUUCCACCGCGUCGCCGGCGAGUCUGGCACUGCGAAGAACCUGAAUGCGAGCUUUCAACCACCAAAUUCAAGACUAAGAAAUCUUUACAACAACAUAUCAACGAGGAGCAUGCAAAACCAAGAGAAGAUUCUCUCGAUUCUGCUCAGAAGAACCUUGGUUUGGCCGUCGGGCCUGAGCUCGAUGGCAGGGAGUCAGAUACCGGAGUUGCUGAAAAUCUCGUGAUGCCUUCUUCAGAUGCUUCAAGAAGCCUCUCAGUACCAUAUACCGUUGCGCAAGACCGCACACAAGGCGACAAAGCGCAUCGCCCUAGUCUCUUUGCAAAUCCUGCAAAGCGGAACCAGCCGCAACAGAUUGCAACUCGGGGCGUUCUUGAUGGCAGAAUCGUUCGUCGAUCAGCGAUAAAUAAAGCAUCUCAGCGGGACAGACAGGCCAACCUAUCCUCAAGUGGAUCGGGGAAAUAA